AUGGCGUCCAAGAAGAACUCCAAGACCAAUAUUCCCGUCCAACCAGUUCCGGAGAAGAGAGGAUACGAGUUCGCUGGCCCGGUCGGCGCAUUUGGAAUCGUGUUCGGUCUCCCCAUCCUUAUCUACAGCUUCACCUUCUUGUGUAACGAUGUCUCUGGCUGUCCGUCCCCGUCGCUCCUACAUCCGUCAACUCUGUCGCUUGAACGGCUGAAGAAGGAAGUGAACUGGCCUGAGGGAGGAAUCAAGGCAUUCAUUAACGCGGGAGUGACGCUGCGGGUGCUGGGCUACUACAUCCUCAGUCUGGUGCUUUACGUGUUUCUCCCCGGCCAAGAGGUGGAGGGGACAGAGCUGGCUUGUGGAGGAAGGCUCCGGUAUAAGUUCAACGGCAUGUCGUUUCCCUCCGCCGUUGUCAUUCUCUCCGGACUCGCGCUCGGUACGUACGUGUAUGGAGCGGAGUUCGCCGUGUGGACGUUUCUCUGGGACAACUACCUACAGGUGAUCACUGCGAAUCUGAUCAUCUGUUCGUCGAUCGCGAUUUUCGUCUACGUGAACAGCUUUACCGUGCCGGCUCCUGGUCAACUCAACCCCGAACUGCGACAACUUGCGCCGGGGGGCCACACUGGCAAUGUGUUGUACGAUUUCUUCAUCGGCCGUGAGCUGAACCCGCGCGUUCGCCUACCGAUUCCCUUUGUCAGCGAAGCUUCGCGCACGAUCGAUAUCAAAACAUGGUGUGAAAUGAGACCUGGUCUACUGGGAUGGAUCAUUCUGAACCUGUCCAACGUUGCUCGUCAGUACAGGACCUACGGCUACGUCACCGACUCGAUCGUGAUCUCCACGGCAUUCCAGGCCUUCUACGUCCUGGAUGGACUGUACAUGGAGCCGGCCCUCCUGACUACCAUGGACAUCAUCAUGGACGGAUUUGGCUAUAUGCUCUCCUUCGGCGACAUGGUCUGGGUCCCGUUCAUCUAUAACUUCCAGACUCGCUAUCUCGCCGUCUUUCCCUUCGAGCUGGGCCCCAGAGGCAUUCUCCUCGUCCUGGGCGUAACCGCGGUGGGAUACGUGAUCUUCCGGGGCGCCAAUAACCAAAAGAACCGGUUCCGCACAGAUCCCACCGACCCGCGCGUGAAGCAUCUCACGUACAUUGAGACCGCUACCGGGUCGAAGCUGAUCACUUCCGGGUGGUGGGGCUGCGCACGUCAUAUCAAUUACCUGGGUGACUGGAUCAUGUCGUGGUCGUAUUCUCUGCCAACCGGGAUGGCAGGAUAUGCUAUCAUCGAGAGCGCCAAUCCCGUCUCGGGCGAUGUGCUGAGGCAGGCGGUGCAGACGCCUGAAUCUCGCGGCUGGGGUAUGAUCUUCACCUACUUCUUCCUAAUCUACUUUGGUGUGCUGCUUAUCCACCGCGAACGGCGCGACGAGGAAAAGUGCCGCAGGAAGUAUGGUGCCGAUUGGGACCGUUAUACCUCUCUCGUUCGCAGUCGGAUUGUCCCUGGCAUUUACUAG